UGGCGUCAACUUAGAAAUUUAUACAACAUAACCAAUCGUAGUAUGUGGACAUAUAUGAUCGUGAAUAGACGACACACACAAUAAAUAUAGUGUGUUUAUUCCCUAUUCUGGAUAUUAUCAGUGAUGAAAAUAGUGAGGGUUCCAUUCAAUCGCGCACUAGGCCUAUACUUCCUCUACGCACUUCAAUUAGCAGCAGCAACAGCAACAGCAGUAGCAGCAGCAGCACCCAGCACCAACAACAGCAGCACCACCACCACCACCAGCAGCAGCAGCAGCAGAAACAGCGAUCUGCAUAAUUAACUCGUGUUUAUCGUUCACUGAUCGGCAGUUUGAGACGAACGAGAGCGACACGUUUGCUGCAUGACGUCGACAUGUGCGCGCCCCAGGUGACGGCCACCUUCCGCACAGAGACGUCAAGGUCACCGUGGUCGACGUGACGGGAAAACUCGUGUUCGUGCUGCGCUUCGUACGGCCGCUGAAGCCACCGACGCCCCCUGACGACGCAAGCCGCCGCAUCCCCGCUGUCCAUUGCAGAGCGGGUGGCCCACUACGUGUCACUGAUACCGGCCGCUGACGACAGCGUGUUCUUCUCAACGACGUGCGACAUUUGGAGCACAUGCGACCAAUUUCUGCAAAUGCUCUGCGGAGAUGAGGAUGAACACGCCGUUCUACUCUGCAACUACUUCCUGCACCUCAACAAGCAAGCGUGGCUGUGCAUCGGCUCUGCCGUGCCAGAGGGCAGGACAGUGUACGUGCUCACUAGAGAGGACGGCGGCAAGUUCUGGCUGUGGUGCGCGAGCACGGGACACACUACAGCACCAAGACAACUACUGCCCCUACAGGCCGUCUGGUGCCUGAUAAACCAGGAGAACAUCUGGGCCAACAUGCAAAAAAAUGAACAGCCAUCGCGAAUGUCAUUUAACCUGACCAAGGUCAGUGACUGGAAGCCACUAUUCAGCAAAUCCUACCUAAGACCAGCUCUGACAAGUGUACAGCCAGAGUCGCUUGUCUACGCGUCACCAAUCAGCAACAAGUUACGGAUCUCGAAGAACGCAUUGAACGCACUGUGCGAGAGAAAAUCAUGGAGUGGCGCCCCCUACACAUCACGCGAUGGAAUCGCUACUGCACGCAGAUAUUCCGCCAGCUCUUACCCAGGCAAGUCCGGUACAAAUAUCAGCCAUCUCAGAAAGUUGGAGGAAAGCCAUGGAGCUGCCGCUGCGGAAGAACAUGGCGCCGAGCUGCAGAGCUUACUGACGUCGUAUAAGGUGUUGGGAUUCCCACUGAACAUGGCGUACACGGACAUCGCUGCCGUCGUUCAGCAGGUGGCUGCGACGCGCGUGCACGCCGUCGAAACCAGCGACGUAGAAUUCGCACUGGCCGUCUACAUACACGCCUACCCUGGGAACGUACUGUCCGUGUGGGUCUACGUCGGAUCACUGGUCAGGAGGCGGUGACGGCAGCACACGAUGACCCCACCCCUCACGGAGGUCGUUAUAGUCGACCAACUGCGACGGUACGGACCGAGUGGAAUGUCGACUAGAUGUUCUGGUGGCGGUCACGCACUUAUGAAACGUUUGCCGUGUGUUCACCUUUGUGUAAUUAAUAAGUGUCACGGGAUAUAGAAAACGUUUUUUAUGCGGUAUUUCGUAUUUGCCGCCCAAGAGAGCAAAGUGCAAGUUCGUUCGUGAUCACAGUGGAGGGGAAAUAGUGCAAAUGCGAUUCGAGUGUUGUUGGACUACUGUCGAUUUAGUGUGUGCGCCGCCAAUAUUAUGGUACUAGUCACACUGUGUAUACGUUGUGUUACACUUCCCUCACAUGCGAGUGUUUUCUAGGAACAUGUUUGCAGCCGUCCAUGUGUAACACUGCCAAAAAAAUUUAAACAUGAACAAUUUUUGAAUCGGAACUUUCAGGAUAUUUUACCACAUGAAAUUGCUGUAUGUAACUUUUCAACUGCGUUUAACUUUAGAUAAUUUUGUAUACAAUAUAAGUGAUAGGUGUAUACCUAGAAUGUAGAAGAAUCUCAAGUAUAACAUAGUAGCACGUGCAACGUUAUCAUGAUGAUGUUCUGCAUUGCUCACAGUGAUGAUAUUUUCUGUAAACCUGACAUUAUAAUCUAGUAAGGGUUACAUAAAUAGAGAUCUGUCCAUGUACUCCUGCUCUAGUGUAUUGAUGAUCUUGCAUCUCUUGAUACAUAAAUAUACAAGGUUUCAUUGUAUUAUAUUGCUUAGGACGGUUAUGUCCCACCAAAUAUUUCGAAAUAAUUGUUUUAUCACCAGUAAGGUGUCCGAAAUAAUUUAAGGCAUAUAGUCCAAAUAAAACAGUAUGAUAAAAAGAAUUUGGAUAAAGCCUAUUUCGUCCUAAAAAUGCGCAAGUGUUACGUGCAAUAUUUACUGUAACGAACACUAAAUGAAUGCAUCACUUAUAAUACGAAAUUCAUGGACUUAGACGGAAACAUUUUAGUGCAAUUUUUUUUU